CCGCCCCCCCGUCGCCCGGGUAGGCCCCCCCGGUAGCGUCGCUCCGCCGGCCCCUCCCGCCAGGGCGCCGCGGGCCCGUUCCCGAUCGCACGUGGCGCGGCGGCUGCCCGCCCCCCGGCCCACGUGUGCCGCCGCGCCGUGCCGGCUCCCCGCUGCAGUCCCGGUGCGGCGGGCGGGCGCUGCGGUGCCGGCGCAGCGGCAUGGCGGCGGCGGGCCCGGGGCGCGGCGGCAGCGGCGGCGGCGGCUGGGGCCGGAGCCGGGGCGCCGUGCUGCUGCUCUUCUUCUCGCUGUCGCCGCGGCCGCCGGCCGGAGCCGCCUGGCUGCUGGGGCUGCGGCCCGAGGACACGGCGCCGGGCCGGGUGUCCCUGGAGGGCGGCGCGGUGCAGGCGGCGGAGGGGAGCCGCUUCCUCCUGCGCCUCUACUUCCAGCCGCCGCCCGAGGGCAACGGCAGCCGCGGGCCGGCGGGGGAGCGGGAGCCGCGGCUGGUCUUCAUCGAGGAGGCGGCUCCGGCGGCGACGGGGGGCAAGGCGGCGCGGGGCCCGGCGGAGCGGUGCCGGGAGCGCAGCGCCUGGGCCUCGGACGUGGAGGUGGUGGGGCCGCUGCGCUCGGGCGGGGCGGCGGGCUCGGCGCUGGCCGAGGUGCGGGUGCGGGAGCCGCGCAAGGGCGAGGCGGCGGCGGCGCCGGGCGGGCGGCUCUUCUCGCUGUGCGCCUGGGACGGGCGGGCCUGGGCGCACCACGGGGCGGCGGGCGGCUUCCUGCUGCGGGUCCGGCCGGCUUCCCCGGCGCUGGGCGCCUGGCUGCUGCCGCUGCCCGAGGCGGGCUGGCUGCGGGCGCUGGGUGCCCUGCUGCUGCUGGGGCUGUCGGCGCUGUUCAGCGGGCUGCGCCUCUCGCUGCUCUCGCUGGACCCGCUGGAGCUCCGCGUCCUGCGCAACAGCGGCUCGGCCGCCGAGCGGGAGCAGGCGCGGCGGGUGCAGGCGGUGCGCGGCGGCGGCGGCACCUACCUGCUGUGCACGCUGCUACUGGGGCAGGCGGGGGCCAACGCGGCGCUGGCCGGCUGGCUCUGCGCCUCGCUGCCCGGCGGCGGGACGGCGGCGGCCGGUGGGCCGCGGGGAGCACCCUGGCUGCCGGUGCUGCUGUGCGCCGCCGCCGUCUUCCUGGGCGGUGAGGUGCUGCCCUACUCUGUCUGCUCGCGGCACGGGCUGGCCAUCGCCUCCCGCACCUUGUGCCUCACCCGGCUGCUGAUGCUGGCCGCCUUCCCCCUCUGCUACCCGCUCAGCCGGCUGCUGGACUGGGCGCUGAGGCAGGAGCUCAGCGUCUUCUCCACGCGGGAGCGGCUGCUAGAGACGCUGCGUGCCGCCGGCCCCCACGGCGACCUGGUACGGGAGGAGUUGGCCAUGGUGCAGGGCGCGCUGGAGCUGCGCACCAAGGUGGUGGAGGACGUGCUGACACCGCUGGCCGACUGCUUCAUGCUCCGUGCUGAUGCCGUCCUGGACUUCGCCACCGUCUCUGAGAUCCUCCGCUCCGGCUACACCCGCAUCCCCAUCUACGAGGGUGACCGGCGUGACAACAUUGUCGACCUGCUCUUUGUCAAGGACCUGGCCUUUGUCGACCCUGAUGACUGCACCCCCCUGCAGACUGUCACCCGCUUCUACCGCCGCCCGCUCCACUGUGUCUUCAACGACACACGCCUUGACACGCUGCUUGAGGAGUUCAAGAAGGGAAAGUCCCACCUGGCCAUCGUGCAGCGAGUGAACAACGAAGGGGAAGGAGACCCAUUCUACGAGGUGAUGGGCAUUGUCACCCUGGAGGAUGUCAUUGAGGAGAUCAUCAAGUCCGAGAUCCUGGAUGAGACGGAUCUGUACACGGACAAUCGGAAGAAGGAACGGGUGCCCCACCGGGGACGCAAGCCCCAGGACUUCUCCAUCUUCAGGCUCUCGGACAGUGAGAUGAAGGUGAAGAUCUCCCCGCAGCUCCUCCUGGCUACCCAUCGGUUCAUGGCAACAGAAGUCGAGCCUUUCAAGUCCCCCUACCUCUCCGAGAAGAUCCUGCUGCGGCUCCUGAAACAUCCCAAUGUCAUCCAAGAGCUCAAGUACGACCGAAAGAACAAGAAGGCAGCGGAGCAUUACCUCUACCAGCGCAACCGCCCCGUUGACUACUUUGUCCUCAUCCUGCAGGGGAAAGUGGAGGUGGAGGUUGGCAAGGAAGGGCUGCGGUUUGAGAAUGGGGCAUUCACCUACUACGGCGUCCCUGCCAUCAUGGCUGUCAUCUCCUCAGAUAACGAUGUGCGAAAAGUGGGCAGCCUGGCUGGAUCCUCCUUCCUAUUGCCUGUCUCAGUGUCCCGUACCUUCGCCUUCAGCAGAGGGGACUCCCUGGCUGGCUCUCCAGUGAACAGGUCACCGUCGCGGUGCAGCGGGCUCAACCGCUCUGAGUCGCCCAACCGGGAGCACAACGACUACGGGGGCAGCACCACGCAGCUCCACAGCAGCAGCAACAACAUCUACACACCCGACUACUCUGUGCACAUCCUCUGCGACGUGCAGUUUGUCAAGGUGACCCGGCAGCAGUACCACAACGCGCUGGUGGCCAGCCGCAUGGACAGCUCGCCCCAGUCCCCCGACAUGGACGCCUUCGACAGGGAUUCAACCAAGGCCUCGACUGCACAAGGAACCCCACAGACGCCCAAAGAGGACCCCACCACCCUCCUGAACGAGAGGAACAGCGUCAUGUGCAGCCGCUCCGAGGGGCUGCGCAGUCCCAGCGAGUCGGUGUUCCUGCGCAUGGAGGGCAUCCCCUUCAUCCAGGAGGAGCUGGCUGACAAUGAGGAGAACAGCAAGCGGCAGAACAGUGAGUGCUGCGGCACCGUCCUGGAGGCAGAGUCCCCUGGCAAAGAGGCUGGGACCAGCUCAUCGCCGAGUAGCUCCGAGGAGACGCUGGGCAGGCGGCUGCUGAGAUCCCUCAGUGGGCGCAAGCAGCAGCCGUCACCAGAGGGUGAGAAGACACCAGAGGAAUGCUCCAAUCUCGCCCCAUUAAUCACCUGAGCAGCAGCGUGGCUGGAGCACAAUGCUGGAGGCCUGCGCAGACUGGAGGUCUGCAGCAUGGGGGUCUCCCGCCCUGAGGCUCGUGUUCAACAGCAGCAGGUCUGCACUUGCUCGCUGCCUGCCCGCCCGCCCGCCUGCCCGCUCGUGCCGCCCCUCCCUGCAGGACUUGUGCAGAGCCCCAUCCCCAGGCGAGAAAGGAUGCGCCCCCGGCGGGGCUGACCUACCCAGGCGGCCUGGACCAGCUAAGCUGGAGUCCGAGGGCCCUUGCCCAGCUGCUCUCUGGUAGCAUCUGGUCUCAAGAAGAGGUGGAGAAAGGAAAGGUGGAGAAGUGUCUGUCACGACGUUCCUGCAGGCAAAGCAGGGAGGGGCGGCCCAACCCAGAACUGCCCUUAGCAUCAUUUACCAUCCCCAUCCCAGCGAGGCCCAGAGCCCCUCAGUGCUGGGUGCUGCACAGACGUGGUCUCCGCCAUAAGGAGAACAUGCUAUUUGGGGGGUGCCACACACAGCUCAGGGCCCCAACACACGUUUGUGCCAUGCCUAGUGACAUGCACACUCACAGUGCUUUGUGCACGCUGACCAUCGACACAGCCUGGCACUUCCAAACCCCUGCUAGGCAUAGGGCAGGGAGCCCAGCUCACCACCGACUACAGCCCCCCCUCCUUGGGGAGGGCCGCUCCACGCUGCAUUAAACCAUCCUCCUCCCUGCGCACGGCUGCCUGUGCGAGGGAGGCUCGCACCAAGCCUUCAGGUUGGUACAGACCAGUCAGUAGUUUAUGUAGAGGCUGAAUGCAACAGGGAUACUAACAUUAAAAGCAAUUUCUCCCUGAGCGACGCCCUGUCUUGUGUCAGUGGGUGUAGGGAAAGAUGUGCUACCUUGUCCCACCAGGCUGGCCUGCCCUCGUACCUGCGGCCAGAGGCGGCUGGAGUAACAGGACUCAGCAUCGCUGAAGAGAGCGGGUAGAGGACCAGGUCAGAAAGCGCUUCCCAGUUUCUGCCUGUGAACCUGGGCCCUCUGUAACUCUUGCUGCCAGAAAAACACUCAGCAGUGCCAAGAGUUACACCAGAGCAGUGCAGAUGAGGACUGGGGAAGAACCGCAGUUAAUGUCAUGCCAUUGCAAACACAAUAGUGGGAUACACAUGCUGGAGUACAGCCUGACAGAUAACAACAGAAAUCUCCAAUAGUCCACCAAUGCUGAUAAAACUUCAGCUGGAAUAACUGCAUCCCU